AUUAUGAAUGAUAUGAUUAGAGAGUGUUCUAGCAGAGGAGUCAAGUUGGAAUUAGUGGAGCUUUAUGUCAGUGAUAAUAAUCUCAGUAACAUUGAUGGGUCUUCAUUUGCAUCCUUAUUCAUUACGUCUAAACUGAGUAAACUUGGCAUGAAUAAUUGCAGUUUAUCAAGCGUUGUUGUGAACGAUAUGAUUAGAGAGUGUUCUAGCAGAGGAGUCAAGUUGGAAUUAGUGGAGCUUUAUGUCAGAGAUAAUAAUCUCAGUAACAUUGAUGGGUCUUCAUUUGCAUCCUUAUUCAUUACGUCUAAACUGAGUACACUUGGCAUGAAUAAUUGCAAUUUAUCAAGCAUUGUUAUCAACGAUAUGAUUAGAGAGUGUUCUAGCAGAGGAGUCAAGUUGGAAUUAGUGGAGCUUAAUGUCAGUGAUAAUAAUCUCAGUAACAUUGAUGGGUCUUCAUUUGCAUCCUUAUUCAUUACGUCUAAACUGAAUAUACUUGGCAUGAAUAAUUGCAGUUUAUCAGGCGUUAUUAUGAAUGAUAUGAUUAGAGAUUGUUCCAGCAGAGGAGUCAAGUUGGAAUUAGUGGAGCUUAAUGUCAGUGAUAAUAAUCUCAGUAACAUUGAUGGGUCAUCAUUUGCAUCCUUAUUCAUUACGUCUAAACUGUGUAAACUUGUCAUGAAUAAUUGCAGUUUAUCAGGCGUUAUUAUGAAUGAUAUGAUUAGAGAGUGUUCUAGCAGAGGAGUCAAGUUGGAAUUAGUGGAGCUUUAUGUCAGUGAUAAUAAUCUCAGUAACAUUGAUGGGUCUUCAUUUGCAUCCUUAUUCAUUACGUCUAAACUGAGUAAACUUGGCAUGAAUAAUUGCAGUUUAUCAAGCGUUGUUAUGAACGAUAUGUUUAGAGAGUGUUCUAGCAGAGGAGUCAAGUUGGAAUUAGUAAUGCUUUAUGUCAUUGGUAAUAAUCUCAGUAACAUUGAUUGGUCUUCAUUCGCAUCCUUAUUCAUUACGUCUAAACUGAAUAUACUUGGCAUGAAUAAUUGCAGUUUAUCAAGCGUUGUUAUGAACGAUAUGAUUAGAGAGUGUUCUAGCAGAGGAGUCAAGUUGGAAUUAGUAAUGCUUUAUGUCAGUGAUAAUAAUCUCAGUAACAUUGAUGGGUCUUCAUUUGCAUCCUUAUUCAUUGCGUCUAAACUGAAUAUACUUGGCAUGAAUAAUUGCAGUUUAUCAGGCGUUAUUAUGAAUGAUAUGAUUAGAGAGUGUUCUUGCAGAGGAGUCAAGUUGGAAUUAGUGAAGCUUUAUGUCAGUGAUAAUAAUCUCAGUAACAUUGAUGGGUCUUCAUUUGCAUCCUUAUUCAUUACGUCUAAACUGAAUAUACUUGGCAUGAAUAAUUGCAGUUUAUCAGGCGUUAUUAUUAAUGAUAUGAUUAGAGAGUGUUCUAGCAGAGGAGUCCAGUUGGAAUUAGUGGAGCUUAAUGUCAGUGAUAAUAAUCUCAGUAACAUUGAUGGAUCUUCAUUUGCAUCCUUAUUCAUUACGUCUAAACUGAAUAUACUUGUCAUGAAUAAUUGCAAUUUAUCAAGCGUUGUUAUGAAUGAUAUGAUUAGAGAGUGUUCUAGCAGAGGAGUCAAGUUGGAAUUAGAGUUGCUAUUUAUAUAUGGUAAUAAUCUCAGUAACAUUGAUGGGUCUUCAUUUGCAUCCUUAUUCAUUACGUCUAAACUGAGUAAACUUGGCAUGAAUAAUUGCAAUUUAUCAAGCGUUGUUAUGAACAAUAUGAUUAGAGAGUGUUCCAGCAGAGGAGUCAAGUUGGAAUUAGUGGAGCUUUAUGUCAGUGAUAAUAAUCUCAGUAACAUUGAUGGGUCUUCAUUUGCAUCGUUAUUCAUUACGUCUAAACUGAGUAAACUUGGCAUGAAUAAUUGCAGUUUAUCAAGCGUUGUUAUGAACGAUAUGUUUAGAGAGUGUUCUAGCAGAGAAGUCAAGUUGGAAUUAGUAAUGCUUUAUGUCAGUGGUAAUAAUCUCAGUAACAUUGAUGGGUCUUCAUUCGCAUCCUUAUUCAUUACGUCUAAACUGAAUAUACUUGGCAUGAAUAAUUGCAGUUUAUCAAGCGUUGUUAUGAACGAUAUGAUUAGAGAGUGUUCUAGCAGAGGAGUCCAGUUGGAAUUAGUGGAGCUUAAUGUCGGUGGUAAUAAUCUCAGUAACAUUGAUGGAUCUUCAUUUGCAUCCUUAUUCAUUACGUCUAAACUGAGUAAACUUGGCAUGGAUAAGUGCAAUUUAUCAAGCGUUGUUAUGAAUGAUAUGAUUAGAGAGUGUUCUAGCAGAGGAGUCAAGUUGGAAUUAGAGUUGCUAUUUAUAUAUGGUAAUAAUCUCAGUAACAUUGAUGGGUCUUCAUUUGCAUCCUUAUUCAUUACGUCUAAACUGAGUAAACUUGGCAUGAAUAAUUGCAGUUUAUCAAGCGUUGUUAUGAACGAUAUGAUUAGAGAGUGUUCUAGCAGAGGAGUCAAGUUGGAAUUAGUGGAGCUUAAUGUCAGUGGUAAUAAUCUCAGUAACAUUGAUGGGUUUUCAUUUGCAUCCUUAUUCAUUACGUCUAAACUGAGUAAACUUGGCAUGAAUAAUUGCAGUUUAUCAAGCGUUGUUAUGAACGAUAUGAUUAGAGAGUGUUCUAGCAGAGGAGUCAAGUUGGAAUUAGAGUUGCUAGGUAUCAAUGGUAUUAAUCUCAGUAACAUUGAUGGAUAUUCAUUUGCAUCCUUAUUCAUUACAUCUAAACUGUGUAAACUUGGCAUGAAUAGUUGCAGUUUAUCAGGCGUUAUUAUGAAUGACAUGAUUAGAGAGUGUUCUAGCAGAGGAGUCAAGUUGGAAUUAGUGGAGCUUAAUGUCAGUGAUAAUAAUCUCAGUGACAUUGAUGGGUCUUCAUUUGCAUCCUUAUUCAUUACGUCAAAACUGAAUAUGCUUGGCAUGAAUAAUUGCAGUUUAUCAAGCGUUGUUAUGAAUGAUAUGAUUAGAGAGUGUUCUAGCAGAGGAGUCAAGUUGGAAUUAGUAAUGCUUUAUGUCGGUGGUAAUAAUCUCAGUAACAUUGAUGGGUCUUCAUUUUCAUCUUUAUUCAUUACGUCUAAACUGAAUAUACUUGACAUGAAUAAUUGCAGUUUAUCUGGUGUUAUUAUAAACAAUAUGAUUAGAGAGUGUUCUAGCAGAGGAGUCAAGUUGGAAUUAGUGGAGCUUUAUGUCGGUGGUAAUAAUCUCAGUAACAUUGAUGGGUCUUCAUUUUCAUCUUUAUUCAUUACGUCUAAACUGAGUAAACUUGGCAUGAAUAGUUGCAGUUUAUCAGUCGUUAUUAUGAACGAUAUGGUUAGAGAGUGUUCUAGCAGAGGAGUCAAGUUGGAAAUUAGUGGAGCAUUAUGUCAGUGAUAAUAAUCUCAGUAAUAUUGAUGGGUCUUUAUUUGCAUCGUUAUUCAUUACAUAUAUACUGAGUGGACAUGGCAUGAAUAAUUGCAGUUUAUCGGGCGUUAUUAUGAAUAUGACUGGGGAGUGUUUUGGUAGAGGAGUCAAGUUGGAAUUAGUGAUUGAUCAUCAUUGAUGGGUCUUCAUUUGCAUCCUUAUCGAUUACGUCUAAAUUGAGUAAAUUUGUCAUGAAUAUCUGUAAUCUACCAUGUGUAAUUAUGAACGAUAUGAUUAGAGUGUUUUAGCAGAGGAGUCAAGUUGUAAUAAGUAUGGCUUAUUGUCACUGGUAAUAAUCUAUAGUGAUGUUGGUUGGUCUUCAUUUGAAUCUUUGUUUGUUUCACCUAAACUGAAUAGACAUUACAUGAAUAAUUGCAGUCUAUCAAGUGUUAAUGUGAAUGAUUGUGAAUGAUAUAAUUAGAGAGUGCUUUAAGAGAGGAGGCAAGUUGGAAUUAUGUCUUUAUAUCAGAGGUAAUGAUCUUUGUGACAUAAGUGGUUCUUCAUUUUCAACCUUAUUUAUUACGUCUAAACUGAAUAAACUUGACAUGAAUAACUGUAGUCUAUCAGGUGUUGUUAUAAAUGAUAUGAUUAGAGAGUGUUUUAGGAGAGUCAAGUU